AUGGCAUCAUCCACCCCUCAAUCGAGCAAUGGGGCAUCGGGCUCCGGCCCGGGCGCCAAGAAGCAGCUGAUCAUCAAUGCUUUUGUCGAGUCCUGCAGUGGCCAUCAGUCCCCUGGCCUUUGGAGGCAUCCCCGGGACCGGUCCUCGGACUUCAACAACAUCAAGCACUGGGUCGAGCUGGCCCAGCUGCUGGAGAAGGGCCAUUUCCAUGGCAUGUUCAUUGCCGAUGUGCUUGGCCCCCGGAAUCCCGACCCGGCUAUAGUGUCUGGAGCACAAUGGCCUGUCAAUGAGCCACUCGCAGUCGUCCCCGUAAUGGCGGCGGCGACAAAGAACCUCGGCUUUGGUGUCACCCUGGCUACGACCUAUGAACAGCCUUACCAUCUGGCUCGGAGGCUGAGUACGGUCGACCAUCUGAGUGGAGGCAGGGUCGGCUGGAAUAUCGUGACUGGCUACCUGGACUCAGCCGCGAGGAACCUCGGACACACCGAGCAACCAGUUCAUGAUGAGAGAUACGCGAUUGCAGAGGAAUACGUCGAGGUCAUGUACAAGCUUUGGCAAUCGUCGUGGCGUGACGACGCAGUCAAGCUGGACAGGGAGAAGGGCAUCUACACGGACCCCAAGCUCGUGCGGACGAUCGACCACGUCGGCAAGUACUACACCGUCCCGGGCCCGCACAUCUGCCAGCCGUCGCCGCAGCGCACCCCGGUGAUCAUGCAGGCGGGCACGUCAAAGGCGGGCAAGACGUUCGCGGCGCGGCACGCCGAGGCCAUCUUUGUCGCCGGGCACAGCCCCUCGGUGGUGGCCAAGAACGUCGCCGAGAUCCGGGCCAUGGCGCGCGACGACUUUGGCCGCGACCCGGCCGGCGUCAAGUUCCUGGCGAUGCUGUGCCCCAUCAUCGCGGACACGACCGAGGAGGCGACGGCAAAGUACAAGGAGCUUGUGAGCUACGGGUCCGAGGACGGCGCGCUGGCGCUGUUCGGCGGGUGGACCGGCAUCGACCUGGCCAGGUACGGCGACAACGAGGAGCUGCGCCACGUCGAGUCCAACGCCAUCCGGUCGGCCGUCGAGUCGUGGUCCAAUUCGGUGCCCGGGGUGCCCAAGUGGACCAAGCACGCCGUCGCCAACCACAUCAAGGUCGGCGGGCUCGGGGCCACGGUCGCGGGAACGGCGGAGGAGGUCGCCGACGAGAUGGAGAGGUGGGUGCGGGAGGCGGACGUGGACGGCUUCAACCUGGCGUACGCGCUGAUGCCCGAGACCUUUGAGGACGUCAUCGAGAAGCUGCUGCCUGUCCUGCGUCGGCGGGGCCUGUUCUGGGACGGGUAUGCCGUUGAUGGCGGGACUUACAGGGAGAAUUUGUAUGCCAAGAAGGGAAUUGCGCGGCCUCCGCCAGACCAUGCUGCUGCAAAGUAUCACUGGAAGGCUGAAGAUUAA